GGUUGGCAAAAGCCAACGGUGCUUCAUAGAAUGCGAUUUUGUUCUAGUUAUAAUAUAACAAAAAAAAAAGAAAGAAGAAAGCUCAAGUUUUCAUAUUAAUUUUGCAAAGCGACAAGUUGAUGAAAAUACAUACAGUUCUAGCAAGGCCCAUAGAUAAUAUUGGAAGAGAUACUUAUAGCGAAUUGCUGGCAAACUGCAAAAAAUGCCUACUGCGCAGCAGACGCCACAGAAGCAGCAGAAUGUGCAGGAAAGUAAUGGCGUUCAUGAACCGAAAGUGAAGGAUGAUAAUAUGCCAAAUUUAUCAACGUUGUCACUCGAUGAACUGAAGCAGCUCGAUCAGGAUCCCGAGUUCUUUGACGACUUCAUUGAGGAGAUGUCUGUGGUGCAGCAUUUGAACGAGGAACUCGAUUCGAUGAUGAAUCAAGUAGAGAACAUAUCACGUGAAAACGAGAAUAAGGGCACACAUCUGCUGGAGUUGAAGCGACGGCUCAGCGAUGAUUAUACGGCAUUAAAAACCCUGGGCGAGAAAUGUGACCAGCUUAACAAAAAGUAUUUGAAGAAAUCUGAGGAAUAUGCACCGCAGCACAUCCGAGAACUGUUGCAAAUAGCCGCCUCAAAUGCGGACGCCGACUGUGAUCGUCAUGUGGAACAUUUCCUAAAUGGUAAAACCGAUGUGCAAACCUUUCUCAGCACCUUUCAAAGCUCGAAGAAGACCAGCGCCGAGCGCAAAGCAAAGGAAGAGCGACUGGGCACACAGCUUACCGCCUUGGAGCGAGCCGGCAUCUAAUCUAAGUUUGAGAACUGAAAAUUUUGCUACUUAAGCCCCAAUAUAUAUAGAGAUUAAGCCAACAAAAAAAAAACUAAAAACCCGCGUGUAAAAUCUAGUUUUUAGUUACUAUAUGCAUAAAACUAUUUAUAGAAUUUAUGUCGUUAUUAGGCAAUCAAAUUAUGUUUUUUAGUCCGUAGACAUUUUUGUGCAAGAUGGAACAAUUGUAUUGUAAUUGAUGAUCCAAGAGAAAUUAUAAUGUGUAUGACUUAAAUAUAUAUAUAUAUAUAUAAA